CUCCAGUACAGUAGGUGGCGUUGUAUGCACCUUAAACGUCGAAUGCAAUCUGUCAACCCAAAGAAGAAGAAGACUUUCCAAUGUAAACAAACCGUAGGCUAAUCGUGAGCAUGGCGAGAAAUAUGGACAGUCUCGUAAAGGUCCAUGGAGGCGGAGGGUAUGACUCUGACUUCAGUGAUGACGAGGGCCAGGGGGAGACGUCUCAACGUGGAGUGAAAAGGAAACGUGAGGAUGAUCUUCUGCGGAAGCCCUUUCAGAAAGGAAGACACACAAAGGUGGCACAUAGGGAUGUUGCCACUCAUGAAUAUGACAGGGAGGAAGCCAGAAACCGACGUCAUCACCUGAUAUCAAUGAAUGCUUUUGAGAGACAUAAAAAGUUUGUCAGUGACUACAUAUUGUAUUAUGGUGGGAAAGUGGAGGAUCUCAGACGCUCCACGGCCAAUGAUAAAUCGGACCUGGAUGUGGUGCGUGAAAACCAUCGCUUCCUGUGGCGGGAUGAGGAUGAAGAAGAAAUGACAUGGGAGAAAGAACUAGCAAAGAAGUACUAUGACAAGCUCUUCAAAGAGUACUGUAUCGCUGACCUAAGCAGAUAUAAAGAAAACAAGUUUGGGUUCCGAUGGCGCGUAGAAAAGGAAGUCGUCUCUGGCAAAGGCCAGUUUCUGUGUGGGAACAAGCGCUGUGAGAAGGAGGAUGGCCUGAAGAGCUGGGAGGUGAACUUUGCCUAUGUGGAGCAGGGAGAGAAGAGAAACGCACUGGUCAAACUCCGACUCUGCCCCGAGUGCUCCUUCAAACUCAACUAUCAUCACAAGAGAAAGGAGGUGAUCGCCAAGAGAAAAAUACCAAAGUCGUCUGAGGAAAAUGAAGUUGAGCCACAGUCAAAAAGAUCCAAGAAAGGCUCCAAGAAACACAAAAACAAACAUAAAAGGAAGCACAAAGACCACUCCUCGCCCAGUAACUCUGAGGAUGACUCCCAAGAGUCAGACAAAGCAGAGGGAGAACACAGUGAGGAGCCAGAUAGCCUGUCGGAGGCAGACCACUGGAAAGGCCCAGCCCCCACCAUGGAGGAGAAGUCCAGGGAGGAGAAGUUUGACGAGUACUUUGAGGACAUGUUUCUUUGACCACCCUGACCUUGGAUUUCUGCCAGCAAGAGUCCAGACAUUGAUGUUAUUGAUUUGGUGUUAGAAGUUGUCCUCGUUGAAUAUUUGAGUUUAUCUGAAGCUAAAUAAAAUCUUUUUUUUUUUUUUUUUUUUUUUUUUUUUACAACUGAAAUAAAGACUACGAUAUGCAUAGAGUGCCAUGUAAAACCACGAAGAACUGCCAAGAAAGAUCAAUAUCAGAAGAACUAGAUGAAGCAAAAAUUAAGCCAAGAAAGAUCAAUAUCAGAAGAACUAGAUGAAGCAAAAUGAAGCAAAACAUUCAACCAUGGUAGUAGAGAGACCAAAUAAAAGCCAAUGCAUUGUUAAUGUUCUUCCUGUAGGGUUAUAGUUGACCAAUGUUCUGUCUAUAGGGUUAUAGAUGUCCAAACCAAUGUUCUGUCUAUAGGGUUAUAGAUGUCCAAACCAAUGUUCUGUCUAUAGGGUUAUAGAUGUCCAAACCAAUGUUCUGUCUAUAGGGUUAUAGAUGUCCAAACCAAUGUUCGAUGCUGUAGCGCUACGAUUUGGAAGCUGUGAAUUAUGCCUGAAGUGGCCCGUGUGCUCUUUUCGUCAGGAAGUUCAGAUGCGUGUCCAUUGCCCGGGGAUUAGACACAAUGGCUUUAAUCUUCAGUAAUUACUCUCUCUUCUUUCUAAAGGAGUCCACAGAUAGUGAGUUAACCUGCAUGAACGGUUAUCAUGCGUUAAAGAGGAAGUCGACCAUAGUACACAUUCUACUUUGAUCGGUGUUUCUUUGUGCUAAUAAAUGUGCCCUAUUUACCCAAUUAAAGAGUUUGGAUGUCAUA